GAAUUUAGUUUGCUCGUGACAAACCUUUUAUCAUUUUUCAUUUACCAUAUGUGCUUACUUUAACGGUCUAAUACUCGAUAACACCAAACUAUGACACCCUUUGAUAUGAUAUUUCGAAGUUUUACCUAUUUUCGGUCAUAAAGAUUUGGUAAUUUAAAUAUGCGAGAAUACAAAGUUGUAGUUUUAGGCAGUGGAGGUGUUGGAAAAUCAGCCUUAACUGUUAAAUUCGUAACAGGUACCUUUAUGGAAAAAUAUGAUCCUACUAUUGAAGAUUUUUAUCGCAAAGAAAUUGAAGUUGAUAAUGCACCAUGUUUAUUAGAAAUUUUAGACACUGCUGGUACUGAACAAUUUGCUUCGAUGAGGGAUUUAUAUAUAAAAAAUGGUCAGGGAUUUGUUAUAGUCUACAGUAUUACCAGCUCACAAACUUUUCGUGAUAUCAAAAGUAUGAGGGAUCAAAUUAUUAGAGUAAAAGGUGGCAAUGAUGAUACAUUUGUACCAAUUUUAUUAGUUGGUAAUAAGUCUGAUAUACCACAUUUGAGAGAAGUACCAUCAAGUGAAGGGGCUUACUUAGCUGAAACUUGGAAUUGCCCAUUUAUUGAGGCUUCUGCUAAAACUACACAUAAUGUUAAUGAUGUAUUUGCUGAAAUUGUUCGAGAAAUGAGUUUUAAACCCCCCAAAAGCCACAAAAUUAGUGGAUUCUUCUUAUGCUGUCAAACUUGUGAGGAACAAAUUUGCUGGAAUUGUAAUUAUCAUCAUCAAACUAAAUCCAAAUAUAAAUCAACUAAAAACCAUUGUUGUGCUAUUACUUAGCAUAUUCUAUCUAGUAUAUAAUUGCCAAUAUUUUUAAUGCUCAAAGAUAUUUAGAAUUACAAGAUAGAGUAUGAAAUUUGUAUUAUCCACA